CCUUGAUGACAAUUAACGUUUCACAAUGACGUGGAGUAGUUUAUUAGAGAUUUGUAUUUUAUCUCAUAUUUAAAUAACUACAAAUGAUUAAUGUAAAGUAAGCAGUGGAAUUUGUUUUUACAAUUAAUAGGAAUAUACAACUACCAACAUGAUUGAGAUAUCUGAUACACAAAAGAUAGGUGUUGGCCUAGCUGGGUUUGGUAUGACAUUUCUGUUCCUUGGUGUAUUAUUAUUAUUUGAUAAGGGGCUUCUGGCUAUUGGAAAUAUUUUAUUUAUAAGUGGUCUAGCAUGUGUUAUUGGCCUACAAAGGACGUUUUUCUUCUUCUUCCAAAGGCAUAAAAUUAAAGCAUCUAUUGCUUUCUUUGGGGGCAUAACAGUUGUUUUGUUGGGAUGGCCAGUGUUUGGCAUGAUUGCUGAAAUAUACGGGUUUUUAUUACUAUUUAGGGGUUUCCUACCAGCUGCAGUGAACUUCCUCAGAAUGGUGCCAGUUGUUGGUUCACUACUUAGCCUACCAAUCAUAGGAGGGAUUGUCAACCGGAUAGCAGGUGACAAUGGCAGAAAUAUGGAUGGAGGUCUUUAGUUCCUGUUGAUGACUGAAAUAAAAAUUACAUAAACCAA